AUGUUCGCUGGCAGUGACAUCUCAGUGAAGUUGGGGAAAAAGAAGGGGGUACCUGAGGAGGUGCUGGGCUUCCAGGCCGGCAGCAACGAGGGACGGUGGCCACCGGAAGGGGAUGGCAGGAGCUGGGACCCGCAGCUGGGCAGCCGCUAUGGGGGCGCCGGUGGGGAGCGGGCUCGGGGCGGCGGGGCCGGCGGGGCGGGCGGCCCGGGCCCCGGGGGGCUGCAGCCGGGCCAGCGGGUCCUCUACAAGCAGUCGAUCGCGCAGCGCGCGCGGACUAUGGCGCUCUACAACCCCAUCCCGGUCAAGCAGAACUGCUUCACCGUCAACCGCUCGCUCUUCGUCUUCAGCGAGGACAACGUCGUCCGCAAAUACGCCAAGCGCAUCACCGAGUGGCCUCCAUUUGAAUACAUGAUCUUGGCCACCAUCAUCGCCAACUGUAUUGUGCUGGCACUGGAGCAGCACCUGCCUGACGGGGACAAGACACCCAUGUCUGAGCGGCUGGAUGACACGGAGCCCUACUUCAUUGGCAUCUUCUGCUUUGAGGCGGGGAUCAAGAUCAUAGCCCUGGGCUUCGUCUUCCACAAGGGCUCCUACUUGCGGAACGGCUGGAACGUCAUGGACUUUGUGGUGGUUCUCACAGGGAUCCUGGCCACAGCGGGCACUGACUUCGACCUGCGGACCCUGCGGGCCGUGCGUGUGCUCAGGCCCCUGAAGCUGGUGUCUGGGAUUCCGAGUCUGCAGGUGGUGCUCAAGUCCAUAAUGAAGGCCAUGGUCCCGCUUCUGCAGAUUGGGUUGCUUCUCUUCUUUGCCAUCCUCAUGUUUGCCAUCAUUGGCCUCGAGUUCUACAUGGGAAAAUUCCACAAGGCCUGUUUCCCCAACAGCACAGAUCCAGAGCCAGUGGGUGACUUUCCCUGUGGCAAGGAGGCCCCAGCCCGGCUGUGUGAGGGCGACACCGAGUGCCGGGAGUACUGGCCGGGACCCAACUUUGGCAUCACCAACUUUGACAAUAUCCUGUUUGCCAUCUUGACAGUGUUCCAGUGCAUCACCAUGGAGGGAUGGACUGACAUCCUUUAUAACACAAAUGAUGCAGCCGGCAACACCUGGAACUGGCUCUACUUCAUCCCUCUCAUCAUCAUCGGCUCCUUCUUCAUGCUCAACCUGGUGUUGGGUGUGCUCUCAGGAGAGUUUGCCAAGGAGCGUGAGAGGGUCGAGAACCGCCGGGCCUUCCUGAAGCUCCGCCGGCAGCAGCAGAUUGAGCGGGAGCUCAAUGGGUACCUGGAAUGGAUCUUCAAGGCUGAGGAAGUCAUGCUGGCUGAGGAGGACAAGAAUGCGGAGGAGAAGUCCCCUCUGGAUGCAGUGUUGAAGAGAGCAGCCACCAAGAAGAGCCGGAAUGACCUGAUCCAUGCCGAGGAGGGGGAGGACCGGUUUGCAGACCUCUGUGCUGUUGGGUCCCCCUUCGCCCGCGCCAGCCUCAAGAGCGGGAAGACAGAGAGUUCGUCAUACUUCCGUAGGAAGGAGAAGAUGUUCCGGUUCUUCAUCCGCCGCAUGGUGAAGGCACAGAGCUUCUACUGGGUGGUGCUGUGCGUGGUGGCCCUGAAUACGCUGUGCGUGGCCAUGGUUCACUACAACCAGCCGCAGCGGCUCACCACGGCGCUGUACUUUGCAGAGUUUGUUUUCCUGGGUCUCUUCCUCACAGAGAUGUCCCUGAAGAUGUAUGGCCUGGGGCCCAGAAGCUACUUCCGGUCCUCAUUCAACUGCUUCGACUUUGGGGUCAUUGUGGGGAGCAUCUUUGAAGUGGUCUGGGCCGCCAUCAAGCCGGGAACCUCCUUCGGGAUCAGCGUGCUGCGGGCACUCCGGUUGCUGCGGAUCUUCAAAGUCACAAAGUACUGGAGCUCCCUGCGGAACCUGGUGGUGUCUCUGCUCAACUCCAUGAAGUCUAUCAUCAGCCUCCUUUUCCUGCUGUUCCUGUUCAUCGUGGUCUUUGCCCUGCUGGGCAUGCAGCUGUUCGGGGGACAGUUCAACUUUCAAGAUGAGACCCCGACAACCAACUUUGACACCUUCCCCGCGGCCAUCCUUACCGUCUUCCAGAUCCUAACAGGAGAGGACUGGAAUGCAGUGAUGUAUCAUGGGAUCGAAUCGCAAGGUGGAGUCAGCAAAGGCAUGUUCUCCUCUUUUUAUUUCAUUGUCCUGACGCUGUUUGGAAAUUACACUCUGCUGAAUGUCUUCCUGGCCAUCGCCGUGGACAACCUCGCCAACGCUCAGGAGCUGACCAAGGAUGAAGAGGAGAUGGAAGAAGCAGCCAAUCAGAAGCUUGCUCUGCAAAAGGCCAAAGAAGUGGCUGAAGUGAGCCCCAUGUCUGCCGCAAACAUCUCUAUUGCUGCUGCUUUUGUAAAGCACACGCGAGGUGCUGCAUCUCACAGCUCAUCUGUCUCCAGCAUAAACUCACCCAGGCCGCAGAACUCGGCCAAAGCACGCUCGGUCUGGGAGCAGAGGGCCAGCCAGCUGCGGCUGCAGAACCUGCGGGCCAGCUGCGAGGCGCUGUACAGCGAGAUGGACCCCGAGGAGCGGCUGCGCUACGCCACCACGCGCCACCUGCGGCCGGACAUGAAGACGCACCUGGACCGGCCGCUCGUGGUGGAGCUGGGCCGCGACGGGCCGCGGGGCCCCCCGGGGGGCAAGGCCCGGCCCGAGGGCGCAGAGGCCGGCGAGGGCACGGACCCACCCCGCAGGCACCACCGCGGCCCCCGGGAGGCCGGCAGCGGCGAGGAGCCGGCGCGGCGGCACCGGGCCCGGCACAAGGCGCUGCCCACGCACGAGGACGCGGAGAAGGAGGGCGAGGUCGAGGACAGGGACAAGGAGAAGGAGCUCCGGAACCAUCAGCCCAAGGAGCCACGCUGUGACCUGGAGGCCAGUGAGAUGAUGGGCGUGGGCCCUGUACAUGCACUGCCCAGCACCUGCCUACAGAAGGUGGAGGAACAGUCAGAAGAUGCAGACAAUCAGCGGAAUGUCACACGGAUGGGCAGUCAACCCUCGGACCUGAGUGCCACUGUGCAUAUCCCGGUGACGCUGACCGGCCCUCCUGGGGAGACCACGGUUGUUCCCAGUGGUAAUGUGGACCUGGAAAGCCAAGCUGAAGGGAAGAAGGAGGUAGAAGCCGAUGACGUGAUGAGGAGUGGCCCCCGACCUAUCGUCCCGUACAGCUCCAUGUUCUGCUUAAGUCCCACCAACCUGCUCCGCCGCUUCUGCCAUUACAUCGUGACCAUGCGGUACUUUGAGAUGGUCAUUCUUGUGGUCAUCGCCCUGAGCAGCAUUGCCCUGGCAGCCGAGGAUCCUGUGCGGACAGACUCGCCCAGGAACAACGCUCUGAAAUACAUGGACUACAUUUUCACAGGCGUCUUUACCUUUGAGAUGGUGAUAAAGAUGAUUGAUUUGGGACUGCUGCUGCACCCUGGGGCCUACUUCCGGGACCUGUGGAAUAUUCUGGACUUCAUCGUGGUCAGUGGGGCCUUGGUGGCAUUUGCCUUCUCGAGCUUCAUGGGAGGAUCCAAAGGGAAAGACAUCAACACCAUCAAGUCCCUGAGAGUCCUGCGCGUCCUGCGGCCCCUCAAGACCAUAAAACGGCUGCCGAAGCUUAAGGCCGUGUUUGACUGUGUGGUGAACUCCCUGAAGAACGUCCUUAACAUCCUGGUUGUCUAUAUGCUCUUCAUGUUCAUAUUUGCUGUCAUUGCGGUGCAGCUCUUCAAAGGGAAGUUUUUCUACUGCACGGAUGAGUCCAAGGGGCUGGAGAGGGACUGCCGGGGUCAGUAUUUGGAUUAUGAGAAGGAGGAAGUGGAAGCUCAACCACGGCAGUGGAAGAAAUACGAUUUUCACUAUGACAAUGUGCUCUGGGCUCUACUGACACUGUUCACAGUGUCCACGGGAGAAGGGUGGCCCAUGGUCCUGAAACACUCUGUGGAUGCCACCUAUGAGGAGCAGGGCCCAAGCCCCGGGUACCGCAUGGAGCUAUCCAUCUUCUAUGUGGUCUACUUUGUGGUCUUCCCCUUCUUCUUCGUCAAUAUCUUUGUGGCCUUGAUUAUCAUCACCUUCCAGGAGCAGGGGGACAAGGUGAUGUCUGAGUGCAGCCUGGAGAAGAACGAGAGGGCUUGCAUUGACUUUGCCAUCAGCGCCAAGCCCCUGACACGGUACAUGCCCCAGGACAAGCAGUCAUUCCAGUACAAGACGUGGACGUUUGUCGUGUCUCCGCCCUUUGAGUACUUCAUCAUGGCCAUGAUUGCCCUCAACACGGUGGUGCUGAUGAUGAAGUUCUACAAUGCACCCUAUGAAUACGAGCUGAUGUUGAAAUGCCUGAACAUUGUGUUCACAUCCAUGUUCUCCAUGGAAUGCGUGCUGAAGAUCAUCGCCUUUGGGGUGCUGAACUAUUUCAGAGAUGCCUGGAAUGUCUUUGACUUUGUCACUGUGUUGGGAAGUAUUACUGAUAUUUUAGUAACAGAGAUUGCGGAAACGAACAACUUCAUCAACCUCAGCUUCCUACGCCUCUUCCGUGCUGCCCGGCUCAUCAAGCUGCUCCGCCAAGGCUACACCAUCCGCAUCCUGCUGUGGACCUUCGUCCAGUCCUUCAAGGCCCUGCCUUACGUGUGUCUGCUCAUCGCCAUGCUUUUCUUCAUCUAUGCCAUCAUUGGCAUGCAGGUAUUUGGAAAUAUUGCCCUGGAUGAUGACACCAGCAUCAACCGGCACAACAACUUUCGAACAUUUUUACAAGCCUUGAUGCUGUUGUUCAGGAGUGCCACUGGGGAGGCCUGGCACGAGAUCAUGCUGUCUUGUCUCAGCAACCAGGCCUGUGAUGAGCACGCCAAUGCCAAUGAGUGUGGGAGCGACUUUGCCUACUUUUACUUCGUCUCCUUCAUCUUCCUUUGCUCCUUUCUGAUGUUGAACCUCUUUGUGGCCGUGAUCAUGGACAAUUUUGAGUACCUUACACGGGACUCUUCCAUCUUAGGGCCUCACCAUCUGGACGAGUUCAUCCGGGUCUGGGCUGAGUACGACCCGGCCGCGUGUGGGCGCAUCAGUUACAAUGACAUGUUUGAGAUGCUGAAACACAUGUCCCCGCCCCUGGGGCUGGGGAAGAAAUGCCCUGCUCGAGUUGCAUACAAGCGCCUGGUUCGCAUGAACAUGCCCAUCUCCAAUGAGGACAUGACUGUCCACUUCACGUCCACGCUGAUGGCCCUCAUUCGGACCGCACUGGAGAUCAAGCUGGCUCCAGCUGGCACAAAGCAGCAUCAGUGUGAUGCAGAGUUGAGGAAGGAGAUUUCCUCCGUGUGGGCCAAUCUGCCCCAGAAGACCCUGGAUUUACUGGUGCCACCUCAUAAACCUGACGAGAUGACAGUGGGGAAAGUCUAUGCAGCUCUGAUGAUAUUUGACUUCUACAAACAGAACAAGACCACCAGAGACCAGAUUCACCAGGCCACUGGAGGCCUAUCCCAGAUGGGCCCUGUGUCCCUCUUCCACCCUCUGAAGGCCACCCUGGAGCAGACACAGCCGGCCGUGCUCCGAGGAGCGCGGGUGUUCCUUCGGCAGAAGAGCUCUGCGUCCCUCAGCAACGGUGGGGCAGUACAAACCCAAGAGAGUGGCAUCAAGGAGUCUGUCUCCUGGGGCACUCAGAGGACCCAGGAGGUACCCUAUGAGGCAAGGACACCCCUGGAGCGUGGCCACUCUACAGAGAUCCCGGCGGUGCAUCCAGGAAAACCGGCUGUUGAUGUCCAGAUGCAGAGCAUGGCCCUGAGAGGUCCUGACGGGGAGCCCCAACCUGGGCUGGAGAGUCAGGGACGAGCGGCCUCCAUGCCCCGCCUGGCUGCAGAGACCCAGCCGGCCCCUGACGCCAGCCCCAUGAAGCGCUCCAUCUCCACGCUGGCGCCCCAGCGCCCCCAUGUGGCUCAUCUCUGCAACGCUGCCCUGGACCGCGCCCCAGCCAGCCAGGCUGUGCCCCACCACCACCACCGCUGCCACCGCCGCAGGGACAGGAAGCAGAAGUCCCUGGAGAAAGGGCCCAGCCUGUCCGCAGACGCAGAUGGCGCACCCAGCAGUGCUGCAGGGCCGGGGCCACCCCCGGGAGAGGGGCCCACAGGCUGCCGGCGGGAGCGUAGGCAGGAGCGUGGCCGGUCCCAAGAGCGGAGGCAGCCCUCUUCCUCCUCCUCGGAGAAGCAGCGCUUCUACUCCUGUGACCGCUUUGGGGGCCGUGAGCCCCUGCAGCCCAAGCCCUCCCUCAGCAGCCACCCCACAUCACCGACAGCCGGGCAGGAGCCAGGACCCCCGAGACAGGGUGGUGGUUCAGUGAAUGGGAGUCCCUUGUUGUCAACAUCAGGUGCUAGCACCCCUGGCCGCGGUGGGCGGAGGCAGCUCCCCCAGACUCCGCUGACCCCCCGUCCCAGUGUCACCUACAAGACGGCCAACUCUUCCCCUGUCCACUUCGCUGGGGCGCAGACCAGCCUCCCCACCUUCUCCCCUGGCCGGCUUAGCCGUGGCCUUUCUGAACACAACGCCCUGCUCCAGAGAGACCCCCUCAGCCAGCCUCUGGCUGCUGGCUCUCGGAUCGGCUCCGACCCUUACCUGGGGCAGCGUCUGGACAGUGAGGACACUGUCCGCGCCCAGCCUGAGGACACGCUCACCUUCGAGGAGGCUGUGGCCACCAACUCGGGGCGCUCCUCCCGGACUUCCUAUGUGUCCUCUCUGACCUCCCAGUCCCACCCCCUCCGUCGCGUGCCCAAUGGCUACCACUGCACUCUGGGACUCAGCUCUGGCGGCCGGGUUCGGCACAGCUACCACCACCCCGACCAAGACCACUGGUGCUAGCUCGCUGCACCGCCUCCACCACACACCUGCUCAGCGGGCGCGUUCCAGUCGAUGAGUUUUAUCAUCCACGCUGGGCUCCCAGGGACGCUCAGGGGCACCAAUGCGGGGGCAACAGCCCCUGGGAGGAGGGGCCUCGCCUUUGGGGCCAGCUGGGGGGAGGCCCCACUUCUCCCCCCCUCCUCUUUGACGCUGGACCAAUUCCUAAAGCCCUUUUGGAGAGGGACGUGGCUCUCUCUAUCCCCUUGUAUGCUGCCUGCCUGGGUCUCAUACCACAGACCCUACACGGGAAGUGGCUGCAUGUGCUGAGUAGGACCCUGCCAGUCUGAAUCCUGUGUGAUGGAUCCCAGCAUCUGGGGUGUGUGCCUAGAGCCAUUUUUAGGAGGUCUGAAUCUUGUGGAGACCAUCCUUUAUUCAAGUGUGUGGUACAGAGGAGCCCAGCGUGUUUAAGAGCCUGGCAAGACAACACAGUUGACAGUCAACAGCAGCAGCCUUGGGAGCCUGCUUUUGGCUCCAUGCAAGUCUUGUCCGCGCCCACAAACACACACAUGUGUGGCAUUGCCCUUUGUACCUGGGACAGCAAAUGGACACUAGAAGUACACUCACACACUCUCUGUCCUCUCCCAGAUGCUGUCAUCCCUGACAGGGACCAAAUCUGGAAACCAUUCUUGCUGUUGGUUUUGGUUUUUAAUCACGACACCCUUCCCUCUUUUGUCAGUUCCAUAUACUUGACCUAGAAAAAAAAGAAAACCAGAAAAAUGGGGAAGGAAAUAGUAAUCUAACUUAAAGAAAAAAAUCCAACCUGUAGGAAGCUCUCAGCUCUUCAGUGUGUGUGUGUGUGUGUGUGUGUGUGUGUGUGUGUCUUGUGCGAGGCAAUGCUCUUGUGUCCAGCCCGGGUGGUCCCCCAGUGACCCCUGGCUCCUGCUGCUCUUGACCAAGUGCCUGACUUCCGAGCCCUCUCGUGCCAGGCUCCUGGGGGCGGUGACGUGAGGCCUGUGUGGUGGGUUUUGUGGCAACAGUUCCAAAUCUCAACCAAGUAGAAAGCUGCUGUCAAUGGAGAACACUCAUAUAACAUCCAGGAGGAGGUUUUGGUGGAAAUGAAGUGACCAUUUCCCCGUUUUCCUCCCACCAGCAUGAGAGUUUCCUGGGAAGCCACAGAGCAGGGUAGAGCGUGUCCUUGUAUGGGGGGUUUUCAGUCUGUUCUACAUCUGAAUCUCAGGGAUGGGAUGCCUGCCAAAGGGGGCAUGAUGUCUAUUGUCGUGAAAGUUUCUUUUCAGAUAAGGCCAGAGGGAGGGAGAGGUGGUGGGAAGAGGGAGAGGUGGGAGCAGUGGAGUUGGAGCGGUCGGGGCAGGAGUGAGGGCCUGUGUUUGAGCAGAUGCGGGCACUUGGGAUGUCCUGACUGAAAUGAGGCCCAAACUCGGAGGAAGCGAUUGGUGAAGGAGAACCUUGGCUACCGCGGCUCAGAUGGGAGUUUCUGAAGCCCAGCACUGUGUGUGGCACGAGACAUGGGAAAGCGGGAAACAAAAGAGAAAUCCAACCUCAUGGCCAUUCUCAAAAGGGAAAGACCAUAGUUAGGAGGCUGUGCAUAAAACACUGGGACACCUUUUGUUUUGUGAACAAAGGGAACGUUUAGAUGAUGUGAUUCUGGUGCAUCCUCCCUGUUUGGAAAUGUCAGAUGAUCUCUUUGCUGGAUCAUUUGAGUGUUCCCAUUGGCUUUUACCCCAUGACUCACCUUGAAGAAACUUGGCCUGUGAUGUGUGUGUGCGUGUCUGUGUGUGGAGGUGUGUCCUAGUGAGUGGAUGUCGUUAACCCAUAGGGCUAUGCAACAAAAGACACACAUUUAAUAGAAAUAAAUCACGUAAGACCGCCACCUGUUCUAGGGUUUCAGCAUGAUUGUGACCAAACCAUUUUAUAGAAUUUCCUUACUGGAAGGCACAACACUCUGAAACUUUAAGAUUACAGAGUAUUUUACUGCAAUAGGAAAUAAUAAACUGGAAUGGAAUCUCAGACUGUGCAUGAGAUCGCUGUGCUCCUGUUGCAAAGCAGAAGGACCUGUGUUUUGAUACUGAUGUUUCAUCUCUGGCCCAUGUUAUUUUGAAUGUAUCCAUUCUGUGCGGAACCACAGCUACUUUCCUGGCCAUGUUGGGUGGAGAAUCACUGUUCUAGCCCCACACAGCCUCACCACUUUGUCUGGAUUCUUCUAGACACUGGAAUUGGUGAAAACUACAGGGAGUGGGGGAGGAGAUACUGUGUCCUGUUUUCCUGAAUUUGGGUUUUGUUUCUGUAUUGUCUCUUUUCAGCUAUCCUAUGUUUCCACUGAGAUCUCAUAGUGAGUUGCCAAAUUUGAAAUGCAUUAACCAGUUGUCUGCAUCUGGACCAGUCAAGCAGUGGCUGUAGUUUGAAUAAGUUAUGUGUGCAUGUAAAAUAUAUACAUAUAUACAUAUAUACAAGUAUGUGCAUGAAAAUGUAUAUCUUCGUACUUUUUGAUACAAUGUAUUCAUUUGUUAAUUUUUAAUUAUAUUUGAUAUAAAUCAAAGGUUUGUUGCAAAACUUUAUAUUUAAGAACAGUGUUAAAAAAAUACCCAAAAAGAAGUCCCAACCAUGCAACACAACUGGGGCCUGCUUUAAAACAAUCCUGUGAUUGAUGAGUUUGCUGCCUGAGUAAUAUUGAUCACCCAGACUUUGGAUUCUGCUAUUGUUUCUACAAUGACAUUUUGUAUGAAUCAAAGUCCUUGGAUUAAAAUAAAACUUAGCAAAAAAUCAAAAAUAAA